AUGGAGCAUGCCCAAGAUGCCCUCUCCUGUGGCGAUGGAGAGAUAAGGCUGAGUCGUCGUCUUUUCAGAGGUGUGGAAACAGCAGCUGCAUCUGCAGCCCAGCGUCCCAUUUCCUUUGAGGAGGUGGCAUUGUAUUUCACCAAGGCAGAGUGGGAGCUGUUGGAUCUGGACCAAAGAGCUCUCUACAGGGAAGUCAUGCUGGAGAACUAUCAGAAUGUGGUCUCUUUGGGGGAUGAUCAGAAAUAUGAGGAGGGUGAGGAACUUCAUCAGCAAUCACCAGAGUGUGGGAAGAGAUUCAGUUACAGUAGCAAACGGCAGCGGCACCAGAUAACCCACACAGGGGAAAAACCUUUUGAAUGCUCAGCGUGUGGGAAAAGAUUUAGUCUGAGUAGCUAUCUUCAAAAGCAUCAAAGAACCCACAUAGGGGAGAAACCUUUUGAGUGCUCAGAGUGUGGGAAGAGAUUCAGAGACAGUAACAGUCUUCAGAGGCAUCAAAGAAUCCAUAAAGGGGAGAAACCUUUUAAAUGUUCAGACUGUGGAAAGAGAUACAGUCACAAAAGCACUCUUCAGUCGCAUCAAAGAACCCACACAGGAGAGAAAACUCUUGAAUGCUCGGAGUGUGGAAAGAGAUUCAGUCACAGUAGCACUCUUCAACAGCAUCAAAGAACCCACACAGGAGAGAAACUUUUUGAGUGCUCAGAGUGUGGAAAGAGAUUUAGUUACAAUGGCAGUCUUCAGCAGCAUCAAAGAACCCACACAGGGCAGAAACCUUUUGAGUGCUCAGAGUGUGGAAAAAGAUUCAGUCGCAGUAGCAAUCUUCAACAACAUCAAAGCACCCACACAGGGGAGAAACCUUUUGAGUGCUCAGAGUGUGGAAAGAAAUUUAGACUUCUUGGCAAUCUUCAGGCGCAUCAAAGAGCCCACACAGGGGAGAAACCGUUCGAAUGCUCAGAGUGUGGAAAGAGAUUUGGUCGAAGUAGUACUCUUCAAAGGCAUCAAAGAACCCACACAGGGGAGAAACCUUUUGAGUGCUUGGAGUGUGGCAGGAGAUUCCUUGACAGUAGCAGGCUUCAGGAGCAUGUAAGAACCCACACAGGGGAGAAACCUUUUGAGUGCUCAGUGUGUGGAAAGAGAUUUAGUCACCUUGGCAAUCUUCAGGCGCAUCAGAGAACCCACACAGGGGAGAAACCUUUUGAAUGCUCAGAGUGUGGAAAGAGAUUUAGUCUUCUUUACAAUCUUCAGUGGCAUCAGAAAACCCACACAGGGGACAAACCUUUUGAAUGCUCUGAGUGUGGGAGGAGAUUCAGUCAGCUUGGCAAUCUUCAGCGGCAUCAAAGAACCCACACAGGGGAGAAACCUUUUGAGUGCUCUCUGUGUGGGAAGAGAUUCCGUAACAGUAGCAGCCUUCAGGUGCAUCAAAGAACCCACACGGGUGAACAACCUUUUGAGUGCUCUUUGUGUGGAAAGAGAUUUAGUCACCUUGGCAAUCUUCAGGUGCAUCAAAGAACCCACACAGGGGAGAAACCUUUCGAAUGCUCAGAGUGUGGGAAAAGAUUUAGUCUGAGUAGCUAUCUUCAAAAGCAUCAAAGAACGCACACAAGGAGAAGUGACAAACAAUCAGAUAUAUUGGCAAUCUGGAAUGAAAUGGAAUCCCUUAUAGAGGAUCACCUGAGUGACAUCUCGGUUGAUAUGAUUCUAUUGGGAGGGGACGUCAGUGCCAGAGUAGGUCCAAAUGAUGAGAUUCUCAUCAAAAAGUUUGGAUCCGUUAUUUGUACCAACAAGGCAGAUUGUAAUUACAUCCAUCACCAAUGCCUCUUAAAGGAUCCUAAAGCAAACUUCGUUGACUACUUUUUGGCCAGCUCCAGAUUACUUCCCAGGAUUACGCAGCUUCAGGUUCUACCUGAUCUCAUGAGUGACCAUCUUCCACUUCUACUUACGUUGGCUUCCUCAGCCCCCCAGACUUCCUGUAACACUGUACCAGGUCCUCACUUAGUACCAGCUUAUCAAGUGGGCUGUCGCGCUAAGUGGUCGGUCCACUUAGCCCAAAGACUGAAGGAGAUUUUGGAAGACAAGGUUGCUUAA